AUGACAACACCAAAACCAACAAUUGCCAAGAUCUCACCAGAAUGUCAAACACAUUUUCAAGAUAUUAAAUUUAGAAAUAAAUAUCAAGGUAUUUUAUUAAAAGUAAAUGAAGAGAGUAAUAUGGUAGUUGAUAAAACAUUAGUUGCAGAAGGAGAAUUCUCAGAAUUGGCUCAAUCAUUACCAACUGAUCAAUGUAGAAUUAUUAUUUAUAGAUAUAAAUCUGGUGAAGGUUCAAAAUUAUUUUUUAUUUAUUGGGGCCCAGAUUCAGCACCACAACAAGAUAAACUCAUUUAUGGUAAUGCUAAAGUAACUCUUGCCAUUACCUUGAAAGGUAUUGAUCAUAAAAUUUCUGCUUCAAAUUUAAAAGAAAUCUCUGAACAAGUUUUUAUUGAUAGAAUUACUCCAAAAACUGCUUAA